AUGGUAGGGAAGUGGGAAGGGAGGGCUGAGCCCGGAGUGCAAACUGACCCCAAGCUGGUCACCCUGGGAUAGGAACGGGGCCAAAGACUCCCUGGGGUGGGACCCUGGUCAGUCACCCUCCCAUUGGGCCCUUUCCUAAGGUGGGGGGAUGGGGCUGCCGUCUUGGCUUGGGAGACUGGCACCCUGAAGUUCUCCUCUGACUGCAGGGUACAAAGGGUGGGUGGGAGGCUCUUUCCUCCCCAUCCGGAGCCUCCCACCUGCCCUUCCCUGGAGCAGGCAGCCCCCCGGCCCGUGGGACAGAGACCAAGUCCGUCACCCAGGAGACUGAGUCCAAACCCACCAGCCGAGGAGCAGAUGUCACCUUUGUCUUCCACCGUGGAGCACAGACCAGCCCUGGCCCCCAGCUCAACUCUGGCGGCAGGGCCCUGGACCACCUCCACAGGACCGAGGCCAUCUCUGACAUCCUUGGGACCCAGCCUGACUCCAUCACCCGCAGAGCAGUGCCAGCCCCCCGCCUCCACAGGGCCGAGGGCAUCUCUGACGUCCCUGGGAUCCUGCCUGACUCCAUCACCGGCGGGGCUGUGGCCAGCAGCUCCAUCCCCUUCCUCCUCCUCCUCCUCCUCCUCCUUCUCAGCAGCGGGGAACAGGCCUUUCUCGACACCGCCAGUGGAGCAGCACCAGCCCUUGUCCUCCUCCUCCUCCUCAGGGCAGAGGCAGGGUCCUGGAUCCUCCGGGUUACAACCAGGACCACCACUUACAGAGCAAAGGCCCUCCACCCCAUCCCCUCAGGGGCAGAGGCUGGCCCCAGCACCCACAAGCCAUAAUGCUGCUCUGUCUUGUCCCUUACUGUGUCCAGCUUCAUCCCCAGUGGAGCAGAGACCUCUGUCACCCUCUGGAGAGCCAUCAUGGGCAUCCCUAGAGCCAGCCCCUGCCCCAUCAGCCAGGGAUUGGAUGCACACUGAGCCCAGAACAACCACCUCUUCUAAGAGACUCCCUGCCUCCCAGCCCCAGGGCAUGGACGGAGCCGGCACUCCCUUACCAGCUGUGAGCUCCCACACCCUAGGCCAGACUUCACCCAAUCCCUCCCUCUCUCUCUCCUUCCGGCCUCGGCCUGAAGCCCCCCGGAAUCCCAGUCCGGAAGACUCUCUCUUGUCCCGGCCACCCCAGGCCCUACCGCUGGACACAAGCCACAGCCAGUCAGAGUCAGGGGCCCGCUCUCCAGUCCUGCUAUCUCCGGGAUCAGUGAAGCCGACAUUCCCCACCUCCACAGGAGGUCCCAUGGCCCUCCCAAAGCCACCCCCCUCUCCUAACCGUUCGCCUAGCCGUGCCUCAGGCACUAACCAAGCUAAUGUGGCUGGGCACUUAGGACCCCUGCCCUCUAAGCCUCCAGAAACAUCCCCCUCUAAGCCUAGUACAAAUGGGACCAGCCCGAGUGGACACAGGAGCCCUGCCCCACCAGCCCAAGGCCUUCAGGCCCCUCUCCCUUCUUCUCCCUCUGGAUCUGCCUGGUCAGCACAAUCUACUUGCAAAGGAGACCCUGGCUUCCGGAUCACCAUAGUGACGUGGAACGUGGGUACCGCCAUGCCACCUGACGAUGUCACCUCCCUCCUGCAUCAGAACGGGGAUGACAGCGGAGGUUCAGACAUGAUAGCCAUUGGGCUGCAGGAGGUGAAUUCCAUGAUCAACCAGCGACUUAAGGAUGCACUCUUCACUGACCAGUGGAGUGAGCUCUUCAUGGAUGCAUUGGGGCCCUUCAACUUCGUCAUGGUGAGCACGGUGAGGAUGCAAGGAGUGAUUCUUCUGGUCUUUGCCAAGUAUUAUCACCUGCCCUUCCUCCGGGACGUCCAGACAGACUGCACCCGGACCGGGCUGGGGGGCUACUGGGGCAACAAGGGCGGGGUGAGCGUCCGCCUCUCUGUCUUCGGCCACAUGGUCUGUUUCCUCAACUGUCACCUGCCCGCCCACAUGGACAAGGCUGAACAGCGGAAAGAAAACUUCAUGACCAUUCUCAACAUGCAGCAGUUUGAGGGGCCCAUGGCCAACGGCAUCCUGGACCAUGACAUUGUCUUCUGGUUUGGGGACCUCAACUUCCGCAUCGAGAAUUAUGAUCUGCACUUUGUCAAGUUUGCUAUUGAUAACAACCAACUUCAGAAGCUUUGGGAGAAGGACCAGCUGAACAUGGCCAAAGGCUCCUGGCCAGUCCUGAAGGGCUUCCAGGAGGGGCCCCUCACCUUUGCUCCCACCUUCAAGUUUGACGUGGGCACCAACUUUUAUGAUACCAGCGCCAAGAAGCGGAAGCCUGCUUGGACUGACCGAAUCCUCUGGAAGAUCAAGGCACCAAGUGGGGGGCGGAGCCCCUCUGGCCGAGAGAGCCACCGGCUGCAGGUGACCCAACACAGCUACCGGAGCCAUAUGGAAUAUACUGUCAGUGACCACAAGCCUGUGGCUGCCCUCUUUGUCCUGCAGUUUGCCUACAGAGACGAUGUGCCCCUGGUGAGGAUCGAUGUAGCCGAUGAGUGGCUGAGGCCUGACCAGGCUGUGGUCCGUUACCACAUGGAGAGUGUUUUCUCACGAAGUUCCUGGGACUGGAUUGGCCUCUAUCGGGUGGGCUUCCGGCACUGCAAGGAUUACGUGGCGUAUGUGUGGGCCAAGCAUGAAGACGUGGAUGGCAGCACCUACCAGGUGACAUUCAGUGAAGAGUCUCUCCCCAGGGGUGGGGGCGAGUUUAUACUCGGCUACUACAGCCACAACCAAAACAUCCUCAUUGGGGUCACUGACCCAUUCCAGAUCUCCCUGCCUGCCUCGGAUGAGGGCAGCAGCCCCACGGACAGCUCGAGGGCCAGCUCUGACGGGGAGGACGACAGCACCCUGGAGCUGCUGGGCCCCAAGUCCCGGAGCCCCAGCCCCGGCAAGAUGAAGAGGCACCGCAGCCGCAGCCCCGGCCUGGCCAAGUUCCCCGGCCUGGUUCUCCGGCCUUCGUCCCGGGAGCGGGGGACGAGCCGCAGCCCCUCCCCGCAGGGCCACCGGCCCCUCAAGCCCAUCAGCUCUGGGCCGGGCACGGGAACGAGGGCCAAGGACAAGAAGGGGAAAGCGGGCGUGGGCCCCGAGGAACAGGAUGCCCCCGUGCCCGAGAUGCCCGGGCCCUGGAACCUCCCCCUGCCCAGCUCCCUGCCUCGGCCGGUGCCCUGCACCCUGGGCCUCCUGCCUUCCCUGCGGCUGGAGCCCAUCCUGGGCGGCCAGUGGCGAGAGGAGCCUGAGCCGGAGGGUCGGAUCAGCCCAAAGAGCCCCGGUCGCCCCCCGCGGAGCCCUUCCCCCAGUCCCAAGAGCCACCAGAGGAUGGAAGACGGGCCCCUGGGGCCCUGAGUGCCAGCCUGCGUGUGUACCCUCUCUCCGAGCCGCAUCCGUCCACCCCACCCAUGGCUCCCUCCCAAGAGUCCUGCUGGCCGUGGUCCAUCCGCCCUACCCUGUAGGCAGGGUCGGGGGCCCCUGCGGGAAGUGUCGGGCUGGCUGGGGUCUCUACCUCCGCGCUGCACCGUGAAGAGGGACCCUCCCUCCCUCUCUCCAUCCUGGACCCUAACCUGUGACAAUCACUGCCCCCUUUGCUUUCCCCAAGCCCGGAGCUGGGUGCAGGGGGGCUGGGGGCUGUGCGAGCGCCGGCUGCCGGCCAUCAUCCCGAGGGUUGUUUAUUGGGAAUAAAAGUCUCACAUCUCUUCUGAGCCUCUCGUUUGGAUGGUGGAUGGGGCUGGG